GAUUUUACACUCUUAUCUUACUGAUCGGAGAGGCAGCUAGGACGGAGUGGGUUUUUCUCUGGAAGGCUACUGCAGUUAGCAUAAUUUAGGGAAAUUAAACUACUGAAAAACAAAAUAAUGAGAUAAAUCGGUGCAGUUUUAGUUAGAUUUUGUGUAAAUUUAAACAGCAAAAUGGAUGGAAAAUUUGUAUUAAAGUUUUGGAUUUUUAUAGUUAUAAUAAAUUUAGUGUUUCUUUGUGUACAUGGUAAAAGGAAUAGAAAAGGAAAUAAGCAUUCAUUAACAGGACUAGAUUUACUGAAAGGACUACCUCAUUCAGAUCAUGUGAAGUUAGGAGAUAAUCCGGGUGUAAAAGCUUGGUCAUUUCAAGAUAAUUCAAGGGACAUAAUUCAUGUUGACCUGCACAAAAUUUAUCAUAAAAAGACAAGGGAGAUAACUCUUGACGUAAUAGGAUUUUCUCGUAAAAGGUCUAUAAUAACAUUAUUUGGAAUAUAUUUAAAGAAAAAGAAGUUACCUAUAGCUGAAAUUAGUAUAGAUAUUCUGAAAAGAAAAAUUAUUCUACGUUACCAAGGAGACACAUCAUUCCAGCGUGUAACAUUGUCAUUUGGUAAAGAAUUGGUUGAUUGGAAAAUAUUAUCAGUGGUAAUAAAUGAGACACACUUUACAGCAAGUCUUGGAUGUAAUUUUGAGAAAUCUAUAGAACUGCAGCAAAGAUUACACAAGGUUCCAAAGCGGGCGUUUGGUGUUCUGGCAAGUGACAAAUACGGCGAUAACAAGUUCCAUGGAGCAUUGUUUCAAGCUAGACUGUAUACAUAUGCCAUCAAGAAAGACCAGCUUCUUUGUUCUCAACCAGCUAGUAUAUUAUUUGAUGAGGCUGGUUACCUUAGUGAUGAAGCUGUUAAUGGUGACAGAAUUCUACUGUUGGAACAGCAGAUCACCCUCCUUAACAAACUGGUGGAUUCCCUUAAACAACAGAACUCGAACUUGAGUGAACGUAUAGAAGAGCUUGAGACAUGUUGUAAAACAGAGUGUCAGUUGGAUGGUCAGCUAUUUGAAGAGGGAGAUACCUGGAGCCCAGACAAAUGUACAGUUUGUAUUUGUAGGGAUGGUAGACCAGAUUGUCUUCAGAGAACGGAUAUUCCUUCAUGUCAGACCCCCUGUGAGAGAAACCCAUGUAUGAACUCUGGUCAGUGUGUGUCCUUCGAUGAGACAUCAAUGGAUAAUUUCCAGUGUCUGUGCCAGCCUCCUUACGAUGGUCAAUACUGCGAUCAUAAAGAGAAUCCCUGUGUGUGGCCUCGUGAGUCGGGAAUAUGUGACCAGAAUCUACCCAGGUUUUACUAUGAUAUUGAUCUACAGGAGUGCCUUCCCUUCAACUAUACAGGUUGUGGAGGUAACAUUAACAACUAUGAGUCUGUGGAGGAAUGUCAGGCUGUGGCAGUAACAGGGGCGUGCUGUUACCGGCAGUUCUCUCGCAAGAUUGAAGACAUCAUCAUCAGUUCACAAAUGGAAACAUUCGGCUGCAAGGAGAUAACCCUGUCAGAAUGCCAGUCUACACACAGACAGGUGGUAGGUGACCGAGAGUUUGAAGUAAUAUCAUUCUACCCUGGUGUGACAUGUGACGAGGCAGGCUGUGGUCGUACAGAGGCAGUGUGUAUGAUAGACAACAGGAAGUAUGAGGUUGGAGAGAAAGCUGUGUUAGGCUGUCAGGAAUGUACCUGUGAGAGUUCUGGCCAGUUUGUGUGCAGUUGUUCACAGAAGGCAGUAAGGAAGGAAAUUAGAGAUAUGACAUCACAAGAACUGGCACAGUUUCACGCAGCCAUACAGGAACUACGUCUCGUCGGCCCCGACAACCCAUGGGAGGAAUUCCGCGAUAUUUACAUGAGGCACACUAUGCACUCUAAUGGUGGUCCCUACUUUCUCCCCUGGCAUAGAAUCUUCCUGCGUAAAUUAGAGCAGCGGCUACAGCAGAUAGACUGUAGUAUUACACUACCUUACUAUGACUUUACGACAGAUAUAGGCAAUUUUGAGGAUGCUAAUGUAUGGCAGCCGAACUUUUUUGGUGGUAACGGAGUGGACGGAUGUGUUGCUGAUCAUCCAUUUGGCCCCACUGGAUCAUGGAGACCCUGUAUCUCUAGGAGAUUUAAUUCCGAUGUGAAACUUCCAACUUUGAUAGAACUGUCCAUUGCUCUAGCGAGUGAUGAUUAUACGGAAAUGAGCAUGUGUUUGGAGUCGUAUGUUUCGUAUAUUCAUACGUACAUUGGUGGUGACAUGGCAACGAGAGCUGCAUCCUAUGAUCCAGUGUUUUACACUAUACAUGCCUACAUUGAUAUGCUGUACUGGUGGUGGCAGAAUAAAGGAGACAACAAGUUCAAAUAUCCGGCUACAUUUGCGAAUAUUCCCAUGGUGCCUUUUAACAUCCCGCCAAGUGCUAUCUUGGACCUGGAAUCUGAUCUCUGUGUACAAUACCUCUGGCCAACUCAAGGUUCUCAGUGUAACCAUUCACUGGAUGGUCAAGACAAUGGUAGGAAUGGGCAAAGAGGGGAUGUAACUCCUGAUGGUGGAGGAACAUUUACUGGAGGAUUUAAUUCCCUUGGAUAUGAUGCAAAUGGAUAUGACAGAAGAGGCUUUGACAGGAAUGGAUUCAAGAAAAAUGGGUAUAACCGAGAUGGCUACAACAAGAAUGGUUAUGAUGUAGAUGGAUACAGUCGCUAUGGUUAUGACACUGAUGGCUAUAAUCGCUAUGGUUACGAUAUAGAGGGCUGGAACAAAGACAAUAUGCCAGAUCUUACAGAGAGAUACAAUGCCUAUGGUCUAGACAUGAAUUGUCUGGACAGGAGAGGUUACACAACAGAUGGUUAUGAUAAGUAUGGAUUUACAAGCAAGGGUUACAAUGAGCAGAAGUGUAACUAUUUCUUCAAGGGUCCAUUUGCCACUAUACAGUCAAGGAGGAUCUGGAAUGUGCUGUUGGUACAGUCCAAAACAUUUCUGAUGAGCCUGUCAAGGACGUGCCCGGGUCUUGAACCUCUACCGUUCAACUGGUUACAGCAGUACUGGAUCACAGAUAUCAAGGAUGUCACAGACAUGGUAGAAGUUGGACAAUCUAACAGUCAAGUGAAGAAUUCAGCCAGGUUCUGUUUUGACAUUGAUGACUUUGUAAGCCCAUGUAGAUGUGAUGCUGGAAUAGCUACUUGUGAAAACAACCCUUGUUUGACUGAUUCUUGUCCAUCAUAUCCCGAGGCAAGCUGUCGUGUAGAUUUCUGCGGAGUCUGUAAGGCUAGAUGGUUCGUCAAUGGCAAGGAGGUUGACUGCUUUGAAGAAAGAGAUUUCUGUGAACCCAACCCAUGUGAGAAUGGUGGAACCUGUGUACAGUCAGUAUGGCUGUCAGAACCACAACUGACCACAUGUAGAUGUCCACCAGGCUUUGAUGGUCACUACUGCCAAUAUACAGCACUAGAAGUCUGUGAACUACCUUUAAGAACAGGUAGUUGCUCAGAGCGGGAGACAAGAUGGUAUUUUGACCGUACCACACAGACAUGUCAAUCAUUCAUCUAUAGUGGCUGUACAGGGAAUGCCAACAACUUCCUGUCUAAGGGAUCGUGUGAGGCCCGAUGUAGGAUUGGAGCUUGUUGUUAUAGAUAUCCCAAGAAUAGAGAGGCAGUGAUUGGCUAUGAUCUACAGGGAUAUGAUAUGUAUGGUUUUGAUGUUGGAGGAGAGAAUCGUAGAGGUGACGUCAGAAUUGAAGAUAAUGGUAUCAAAACAGGAAGAAACAGGUUUUCACCAGACAGAUAUGAUUGGCAAGGCUAUGACCUGAAUGGUCUGGACCAGGAAGGGUAUAAUCGUUGGGGUCUAGAUAAAGCAGGGUACAGUCGGGAAGGAUACAGUCUGACAGGAUACAGCAGGAGAGGGGAAUAUGAUGGUAUCAUAGACUAUGACAAACAAGGAUAUGAUGUGGAGGGAUAUAAUAGAGUGGGAUUUACAUGUUAUGGUACCAACAGAAAUGGUUUGAAUGCCUAUGGUGUCUAUACUGAAUAUGUGUAUAAGUGCCGAUCUGCCACUCUGGAACAGUGUCAGAGACUGGAGAAUGAACAGACCAAGGUUGUACGUUUCUCCAGAGGACGCCGAUGCGAGGAGGUCAACUGCAAGGAGAAUUGUGGCUGUGACUAUAAUAAUAACUCAUACAAAUUUGGAGAAACAUUUCGGGCUGGAUGUCAGUUUUGUACCUGUACUUACACUGGAGCUGUUGAGUGCUCAUGUCCUCAGAUAUAUCGGAGGAAGGAAAUUCGGGACAUGACUAAUGAGGAGUUGCAGACAUACCAGGAUGCAAUUAAAAAACUUAAUAAGAUGGAAUACCCAUCCACAUGGUUCCAGUUUGCUCAGAUGUAUGCUGAUCAUAAAGCACAAGCUGUUGGUAAUCCAGCCUCACUUCCAUGGACCAGGAACUUCCUGCGGAUGGUUGAGCAGAUGUUACAGGAAACCGAUUGCUCUAUUACCAUACCAUACUAUGACUGGACAUUGAAUGCAGGGAACCAGCAGAAGGCAACAAUUUGGGCAGCAGAUAAAUUUGGUGGGGAUGGUUCAGAUGUUACAGGAUGCGUAGAUCACCAUCCAUUUAAAGAUUAUUACCCGCCGUAUUUAGUACCCUGUUUGCGGAGAAGAUUCAAUAUGGAUGUCCCUCUACCGGAUGUGAUUGAUUUGCAGAUUGCUCUAAACGAGCCUUCUUAUGAAAAGUUCAGACUUCAUAUGGAGCUCUAUAUGAACAUGUUCAAAUCAUGGGUAGGCGGACACAUGGACUCGGACCUUAGCCCCUAUGAUCCAUUGUUUCUAUCAGUGGCAGCAUUUAUUGAUAGAAUCUGGUGGGAUUGGCAAAAUAAACAUGAAAGUGGUCUUCUACGUUAUCCACAAGACCUCCGCUACAUUCCCAUGAUGCCGUUCAAAUUGUCACCAGAUGAUGUCAUGGACAGUAAAAAACAAAUGUGUGUUACAUAUUAUGCACUUUCUGAAGCAGCUGUCUGUAAUGUAACACUUCCAAAUCUCAAUUAUAACUCCCUUGGAUAUGACAGACAUGGUUUUGAUAAGGAAGGCUAUGAUAUCGAGGGUUACAAUGUAUAUGGAGUGAAUCGUAAUGGAGAUGCUGAUUCAAGAGGAAUUUACAACAUAAAUGGCUUUGAUCGACAGGGCUUUAAACGAAAUGGUUAUGACAGUAUGGGAUUGGACAGAUUUGGAUUUUCUGAAGAUGAUUAUAACACUGAUGGUUAUGACUCAACUGGUUACGAUAGGAGUGGUUAUGACCGCUAUGGUUUUGACCAGUCUGGUAAAACACCUUUUGGUUUCCAUAGAAAUGGUACUCUCCUUGUUAAUACAGUUCCAGACAAAUUCGAUCCCUAUGGUUAUAAUAGAUAUGGUUUAGAUAGAUACGGCUUUGACAGACAGGGUUAUGAUAAGUUUGGGUUUGACACAUUUGGUUACGACAGGAGGAGAUGUAACCAGUAUUUCCUCGGACCAAUGCUGGUGAUUAUCAAACGUUGGGCAGAAAUAGAAGUAGAGGCAGCAGACGAUAAGGCUAUUCGAAUUAUCACAAGAAUCUGUCCCGCACUGAAUAACCUCCCACAGUGGAUAUAUACAGUGAACUGGCUGCAGAGGGGCUCUCAGAUUCCACUGAUGGAGGGUAUUGUAGGGCGUGCCCAGGAAAGGGUGCUUAGUUCAAGACCCGAUGUACGAACCAGCAGUAUUACAGAAGAUAACAUCUGGCUACCUGUGGGACCUGACAGAAGUUUGUGUUUUUACACCUACUACUACACUGAGUGUCCAUUUGGUCAGACCCCUGUGGAAUGCAGUGAAGACCUGUGUUAUGACAGAAAAUGUCCAGGUUAUCCAGGCGCUGUAUGUAGAGUGAACAAUUGUGGUGGCUGUCAACACGAGUGGUAUAAUGGUAUAACAGGAAAUGUGUUCCAGUGCUCCGGUUGUAUAGACAGAGAGGAUAUAGAGAGAGGCGACGGAACAUCCUGGGCUACGUCAGACUGUGAAAUGUGCUCUUGUGAAGAUGGUUUAGUAACAUGUGUAGAGGAGACCUGUCCUCCUAUCCUGUGUACACAUCCAGUGAAAAUUCCAGGCCAGUGUUGUCUACAGUGUGCAGACUGUGAGUAUGAUGGUUUACGUGUGAGAAAUCGUCAGGAAUUCAAUCCAGUCGGUAACAGAUGUGAGGUGUGUUUCUGUAACAAUGGUAAUGUUAACUGCCGCUAUGUUGACUGUCCAGACCUUGGCUCAUGCUCCUCACAGGUGACUUUGGAUGGUGAAUGUUGUCCAACAUGUCUGGACUGUGGGAACAGGGACAAUGGCGAGUCAUGGAAGGAGACUCCCUGUCAGAUCUGUACUUGUGUGGAUGGUAGAGUUGAGUGUGAGAGGAUAAACUGUAUCCCCCCUGACUGUAGUCACCCACAGAUACAACCUGGAGAAUGUUGUGCUGGCUGUGAUGGUUGUACAGUCAGUGGACAAGAGCUAAGAAAUGGAGAGAGUUACAUGCCAGACAAGUGUACAGAAUGCUUGUGUAGAGAUGGCAAUGUGGUGUGUGACCCAUUACCCUGUCCCCUCGCUCCAUGUCUGAAUGCCAUCACACCAAGAGGGGAGUGCUGUCCUAGGUGUGACAAUGCCUGUACAUAUGAUGGUGGUCAGUACCGACAUGGUCAGUCUUUCAACUCUCCAGAAGAUAAAUGUAUCAACUGUACAUGUGACAAUUCUAUAGUCCGUUGUUUACCUGUGACCUGUCCACGUAUGGACUUGCCUUGUCAGAGACCUUUGACACUACCAGGGGAUUGCUGCCCAUCUAGAUGUCCUACUUGUUUUGCUGAGGGAAGAGAGUAUGAGAAUGGUGAGAGAUGGACAUCUCUGUUGGACCCGUGUCAGAACUGUGUGUGCGAGGAGGGUAUCAGUUCAUGUACAAGGAUAGGGAGGUGUCCACGUGAAUGUGAUCAUGGUGUAGUCAGACCUCGAGAAUGCUGCUCCAAAUGUACUGAUUGUAAUUUCCUGGGUCAAGUUGUUAGAGACUCACAAGUAUUUGUCCGACCGGGAGAUAAUUGUCAACAGUGCACAUGCUCGCGGGGACAAGUGACCUGUGAGUCCCUUGGGCCAUGUCCAAGAUUACCAUGUAGAGUCACAGAAACACCCCCAGGUGCUUGUUGUCCUCAAUGUAAAGUAUGUCAGUAUGAAGGACGUACCUACACUCAUGGUGAUGUUGUAUACUCUGACGACUGUUCCACUUGCCACUGUAGAGAAGGAGAGGUCAGUUGUGAGUAUGUUUCCUGUCCUGAGCUAAGCUGUCGUACUCCUGUACAGCUACCAGGCGAGUGUUGUCCAGUGUGCCAGGAAUGUGACUACAAGGGUCGGACAUAUGAGGAUGGUCAAAGAUUUACACCCUUACUGGAACCAUGUCUUGACUGUGUCUGCUCGGGAGGUGAGGUUCGCUGCAGCUCAAGAGAGAGUGAAUGUCCAGUAUCUCGCUGUACCCACCCUAUCAGAUCUCGGAAUCAGUGUUGUCCUACAUGUGAUGGUUGCAGUUAUCUUAGGCGAAGACUCAGAAAUGGACAGAAGUUUGUCCCACCUGGAAAUGAUAACUGUAAAGUCUGUAGAUGUGCGGGAGGCUCUGUCCAGUGCAGCAAUAUGGGUUGUCCACCAGUGAACUGUGACAAUGCAGUUCUUGUGAAAGGCCAGUGUUGCCCCGUGUGUCCUAUGGGAUGCAAUGUGAUGGGUAUAGAAUACAGAGAUGGACAGACCUUCAUUGACUUCAUGGAUAGAUGUAAAGUCUGUACUUGUAUGAUGGGAAGGAUCCGAUGUAUGGCGAUGAUGUCAUGUCCUGCGGUCACAUGUACCCACCCUGCUAACAGACCUGGAAACUGUUGUCCAUCAUGUACCAUGUGUGAGAUCAACAAUGUACAGUAUAGAAAUGGAGAAAGAUUCACAAACCCAGCAGAUCCCUGUGAGGAAUGCAGCUGUAGGGAUGGAUCCGUCAGUUGUCAGCGCAAAUCUUUGUCCUGUCCACGUGCUAACUGUGUUGAUCCAGUAUUAGACAAGGACACCUGUUGUCCUAUCUGCCCAGCACAGUCUUGUGUGUAUGCCGGGCGCCAGUACAGGGAAGGCCAAGAGGUACCAGCAUCACGUGACCAGUGUGAGGUGUGCUACUGUUCCCAGGGUCUGAUAGACUGUACCCGGCGUGAGUGUCCAGCUGUUAACUGUAGACACCCAGGCAGAGACCAGUGCUGCAACACUUGUGAAUAUUGUGAAUACAAUGGAAUGCGUUUUGAGUUGGGUGAGACAUUUCCCAGCCCUUAUGAACAGUGUGAAGAUUGUAUGUGCAAGGCGGGCUCUGUGGAGUGUGACAGAAAGGUGUGCGCUAUGCCGGACUGCAGUAGUCCUACCUAUCCACCUGGAGGGUGCUGCCCAGUCUGCUCAGAUUGUACUUUCCAAGGACUAUUAUACAGAGAUGGGAGAGACUUUCAGAAUCCUAGUAAACCUUGUGAGAGAUGCCUCUGUAUGGCUGGCAACGUGGCUUGUGACAGAAGACUGUGUCCAAAGGUAUCUUGCCGGUACCCAGUUUUAGUAGACUGUUGCCCAUCAUGCACAGACUGUCUCUAUGACAACACCCAGUACAGGAAUGGAGAGAGGUUUUCCAGCCAGAGUGGGUGUGGUCAGUGUCGGUGCAUCAACGGUGAUGUACAAUGUGAUGCUGCUCCAAUAUGUCCGCCUGUUGACUGCCAACAUCCUGUGACGAGGGGGUGCUGUCAACACUGUACAGACUGCCAUUAUAAGGAUCAGAACAUUGAAAAUGGCAGCCAAUUCCUUGACCCCAGAGAUAGAUGCAUUCAGUGUUCAUGUAUCAAUGGAACAGUGACAUGUGACAGGUUGUCAUGUGAACCUCCCACAUGUAACAACCCUGUACAAGGGACAUGCUGCCAAGAAUGUAGAGACUGUAACUAUUACGGCCAAGUUGUUGAAAACGGUAGAAAAGUACAAAGUGUGCUAAACUCUUGCGAAGAGUGCCAAUGCAUUAUGGGUAAUAUUGUAUGUGAGAGGAAGGUAUGUCCUCAACCCAAGUGUUCCCACCCAGCAAGGGAUGAUUGCUGCCCGGUAUGUGACAACUGUGACUAUGAGGGCAACAUUUAUGGCAGUUUAAGAUACUUUCAAAGUGAAAUUGACCCAUGUCAGCGUUGUUUUUGUAGUGUUGGAGAUGUCAGAUGCACAAAUACAUGCAAAACAGACUGUACUUUUGGAGAUAAGAAGUAUCAGGAUGGAGAUACAUUUCCUCAUUUCAUGGUUGGUUGCCAAGAUUGUGUCUGUGACAAAGGUGAAGUGUCUUGCAGCAGACGACAGUGCCCCAACAUCACUUGCUCCCAUCCAGCCAGAAGCUCUUGUUGUAGAGAAUGUACAGAUUGUUUCUAUGACAACAAAGAAUACAAAAAUAGACAGGGAUUUAGAAAGGGGUGUGAGGACUGUUAUUGUUCAGACGGUAAUGUGAGUUGUAGACCAGUCACCUGUCCACCAGUGACAUGUGACAGGCCUGUUACCCGUGGCUGUUGUCCCGAGUGUAACACUCCUUCAAGUGGUUGUAGCUUUAAUGGCAGGCUGUAUAGAGAAGGGGACAGAGUUCCAGACUACAGAGAUACGUGUUCUGUCUGUGUCUGUCAGGAAGGUGCCAUUUCUUGUGAGAGACAGCAGUGUCCUGCUAUAACCUGUAAACACCCAACUGCAGGAGAAUGUUGCCCUGAAUGUUACAACUGUCAGAUAGGAUUGAAUGUCAUACAGAAUGGAGACAUGUAUACUGAUGUCAAUGACAGGUGCUCGCAGUGUAAAUGUCAGGACGGAACUCUAACAUGUCAUAAGAAAUCGUGCACAGCUGCUGCGUGUAGUCAUCCAGAGCCUGAUGAAUGUGGCUGUCCAGUGUGUGGGAGGGGCUGUCGCUAUGGUGACAAGGAUGUCAGAAACCAGGAGACAUUCCCACAUCCAGCAGACAGAUGUCAGGAAUGUGUGUGUAAUGCAGGAAGUGUACAGUGUUCCAGGAGAGAUUGUCAGUCAUCAUGUUCCCAUGCUGCACACAGCGAUGGUUGCUGUCAAAUAUGUGACAGUUGUUUGUAUGAGGGUCAACUCCAGAUGGACCAAACAUCAUUUAGCCCACUAUUUGAUCCAUGUACACAGUGCAUGUGUAAUAGAGGCAAUGUGACAUGCUUAGAGAUACAGUGUGAGAGACUAGAUUGUGACUACCCUGUAGUUGCUCCUGGGCAGUGCUGUGCUACUUGCUCAGGUUGUUUUGAUGUACGAUCAGGCAGACAGUACAGAGACAAUGAGGAAUGGACUUCCGUGGACAAUCAAUGUGUUACCUGUACAUGCAAGUCUGGUAAUAUAGCAUGCAGAGCCACUUACUGUCCACCAUGUUUGACAGGAGAAAGGGAGGUAACUGUGCCUGGUCAGUGUUGUCUCAGAUGUGAGACAGUUCCUAGGGAGAAAAGAUGUAUCCAUAAUGGAAUAGAAAAACAGGCUGGUGACUUCUGGAAUAUUGAUGAAUGUACCAGCUGUCAGUGUAUGAAUGGAGUAGUCAACUGCUCUGGUACACAGUGUCCUACAGUAGACUGUGGACCAGAGAAUAACCCAACUAUAUUUCCUGGUUCUUGUUGCCCAGUGUGUACACCAAAGCCAGGAACAUGUUUGGUAUACGGAGACCCUCACUACAGGACAUUUGAUGGUAGCACCUUGCAUUUCCAGGGAACAUGUAGAUAUUUGAUGGCUUCCGACUGUCAGCAGGAAAAUUUUGUUGUAGAAGUUGAGCAUGACGACCGAGGGCUGAGUGGUGUAUCCUGGGCACAGAACUUUACAAUUACCAUCGGGAGAAUAAAAGUUGAUCUUCUUCAGCAACAUAAAGUCUUGGUCAAUGGAAGAGUUGUUUUACCACCAUACAGGAUUGGGACAGAUUGGACCAUAGAGAGGCAGGACAACAAUAUCUUUGUUAACACUCAACUUGGAAUUCAGUUUAUCUGGGAUGGAGCUAGCUAUGCAGAGUUAUCUGUUCCUGGAAUAUACAAACAUAAGAUGUGUGGUUUGUGUGGAAAUUUUAAUGGCUACCCACAGGAUGAUUUACGUACAAAAUCAGGGGAGAUAACCAGUUCAAAUGCUCUGUUUGGAAAUAGUUGGAAGGCAGAUGAACAGAGGACAUCUAGAUGUGAGGAUGCUACAGAUACAGACCCCUGUGUAACUGCUGGAUUUAGAAGACGUAGACAGGCAGCAUCCAUGUGCGAAAUCAUCAGGAAUGAGAAUUUCCGACCUUGUCACCGAGCAGUCAAUCUGGAUCCCUUCUUUGCUUCCUGUGUAUAUGAUUUAUGUGCUUGUGUAAACCAGUCUGCUUGUCUGUGUGACAUUCUAUCUUCCUAUUCUAGAGAGUGUGCUAAAGCUGGGGUGAGGUUACAAUGGAGAUCAGAUUCAUUGUGUGCAAUGAACUGUGAUACAGGAAGUGGUUUUGUAUUUGAUGACUGUGGACCAGUCUGCCACAGAACAUGUGACAACUGGAACACCCCGCUGGGGAACCUCACUACAAACUGUUAUAAACCAUGUGUUGCUGGUUGUCAGUGUCCCGCUGACAAAGUUCUACAUCAGGGAAAAUGUACGAGCAUUAAAGACUGCCCAAAUACUGACACUUAGCACAAUAGUUUGGAAGUUAGAACAUGUGUGUAUAUAUAUAUAUAGCAGUAUGUAAUUAAAGUUCAUUUUCUUUCAACGAGAAAACAUACAAGCUGCUGACAUUUAUAGGUGUAUGAACAAUAUUUGGGUUGGAAGUAGAGAAUCUUUCAAUAGCUGUAAAGGCUAGUUGUUAUUCAUACCAUUAUAUCCCAGUCCAAAUGCAUUUCCACUGAUGAACCCUUAAAUACUGAUUUCUUUUUCAUUACCUAAUGUUUUACAUCCGAAGUCACAGUGCUUGAUGGGUAACUCUUCUUUACUUACACCAUAAUGCAUUGUGAGAUAUGUGCAGUUUACUGUCCAUGAAGUUUAUUGUUGCAUUGAAAUCUUGUAUGAUGGCUGUAUCUCAUAUGAUACUGCUCAUAUAUAAAAACAAGGAACUUUUUUAAAUGUCAUACAUAUACAUGCAAGGUCAGUGUUGUUCAUGAUAAAAUGUGCAAAAUGAAAUGUUAUUGUAGCAGGUAUGGUAAUUACCAUCCUGAAAUAAUGAUGUAGUCUACAACUGGUUUUUGUUUACUUUCUAGAUAGCAUUUUAAGUAGUUAUCUAGACCCUGUGUUUUGUACUGCACUAGUCAUCAUAAUGUAUUGUACCUACUGUUUAAUCCAUCUUUUCUGUAACAAGAUUUGUCCUUGAUUUUGCUUUAACCCUUACCUUGCUAAAUGUCUAUAAUGAACUUGUCCAUCUCUCAAUUUGGACUGUACCAUUAACUGUUCAAAGGGGUGCUUACCAAAAAUAUACUGACUGAAUGGCAAACAGUGUAGAUCUUGAUCAGACUGCAUGGAUGUGCGGGCUGAUCAUGAUCUACACUGGUUGCAAAGGCAGAAUCAAUCCUGUCCAGCAUGGUAAGGGUUAAAAAUAUGACAGUACCAUUCUAUUACACACCAUUCUUAGAUCUCUGAAGUUGGUAACAGAAACUUCUUAAAUUUACAGAAUGACUCAGAUAGUUUUAAAUUAUUCAUCAAAGAACAAUUUUGAUAGUGUGUUUUCCAUUAUAAAAUUCAGCCAUUAGGAUACCUUAUGGUUUAAUGGAUUGUUAUAAAACUUCCAAGAAAUCUUUUUUGGAAUGAAUGCAACAUUUCCAUGUUAAAAAUGUGAUAGAAUUUUGAAUAUAUAUAUUUUUAUGCCCUCAGCAUCUAUUGAUUUUGGAGGCAUAUAGUGAUUGUCCUAUCUGUUUCAUCCGUCCGGGCAAUUGAAAAGAAAGAGAGGGCCAUCUAACGGUAAAGAGAACAAAAGAGAACAAUAUCUUCAAUCCGUUAACAAUAGAUUAAAGCGCCAGGGCCCCCUAUUCAAACAAAAGAAAAUAACAAAAGAAACGACCCUCUCUUUCAUUUCGGCCGGACGUCCGCCCGUACAAGGUUAACCAAAUGGGACCGUUUCGUCUAGCAUCAAUACCCCUUACUAGAAUGGCUUGAUACUAAUGCAGAUGUAACCUGUGACCAUUCCUCAUCUUCAGACAUCACCUGACCUUAGUUUGACCUUGACCUUGACCUCAUUUUGGACUUCGGUUGCUUUACAUGGGCCAUCUCUUGGUUAACCAAAUGGGACCAUUUCAUCUAGCAUCAAUACCCCUUACAAGAAUGAAUUGAUACUAAUACAGAUGUAAACUGUGACCAUUCCUCAUCUUCAACAUCACCUGACCUCAGUUUGACCAUGACCUUGACCUCAUUUUAGACUUGGGUGCAAAUCUAUCGACAAGGAUGCCACUGGGGGCAUCAAGCGUUUAUAUAACGCAGCUCCUUGUUUUAGUUAUGAUUGGGCCCAAUUUUUACAUUGAAAUUAUUUUUGACCAUAAACUGACAUUAAUCAGGAUGUCUUCAAAAUGCAUUAUGUUUACAAAAAUCUUGUCACAGAUUAGGGGAAUUAAAAAGUAGAUCCUUGUACAGUUUAAAAAUAUUACUUUGUUAAAACAUGUAGAUUUUUUAUUUGUUGUCAGAAUAAAGACUCGAUGACUUUUGAA